AUGCGACACCUGCUCUGGUUGCUGCCUCUGUUCCUGUUGGCAUGGCCAGUCCAGGGCCUGAAGUGUCACGAGUGCUUGGCAUCAGGAAAUUGCUUCCAGCCCACGUCUUGCAGGGCUGACGCCCGAUACUGCCUGACGACCUGGAACAGUCCCCCAGGACAGAAAACACUUGUUAUAAAGUCAUGUGCUUACACCUGCCCUGGCUUCCAAGAGAGCCUGAGUUACUCCAGAGCUUCCUGUUGCAACACAGACCUCUGCAACAGCACCGUGAACCCCAGUGCCAGCUGGGGGUUGCUGGCCCUGAGUGUCUUGGGUGCCUACCUCAUCAG